UUAGAAGCUACGCAUAUCAAGAAUACAGUUGCGAAUUGGGUCAUGUAUACUGGGUACUAGUGAGAUGGGAUCUUGUGGACAUCCGAAAUUUCUGCAUGAGUAAGAUGAGAUAGGAUUGUCCUAGCAAAAAGGAGGUAACAGCCUUCCGGGCUGUUCCAAGGUGUAUGCAGCAUGUAUUUGUCUACUCCUUUCGAGCCAGGGAAUUUUAACUGCUGAGUGAACUCCCCAGGUUUUGCGGUCCUCAAGAAGGCUUGAUGAAGCCCAAGUCAGAGGUUUGUCAGUUUGUCAAGUAAGUCAGGCAUCAGGCCAGCUACAGUAUGUUAGCAGAGGCACAUUCGAGAAGCUGCAACAAAAUGACACACUAUGACACAAACAGACCUGAAUUGCUAUGACGUAAGUUGGCACUUUUGAACACUUGUCUUGCCUGCUGCAAAUCAGCCUAGCCUUGGCCUCGGUUCCUUGCAAAAGGAGCAGCUUGUUUUUGCAAUAUGAAAGCCAACGCAGGCAAUGAAUCGUAGAUGUAAGGCUUUCUGUUUUGAUAUUGGAAUGCAUACUCAGGUGGCAGCAAGUUUUGUCACGUGCGAUUGCCAAGUCAAUAGUUUGGGCAUAUUUCCUAGUUGGUUGGAGGUAUCUAUGACAGCACUGCACAACGGCUCUGAAAAUUCAGAGAGCUUGUGGACAAUAUGGCAAAGUCCUGUGUUUGUUUGUGCCUUCCUGGCCAGGGAACCCGAAGUACCCAAACGAAAGCAGCCAUAGCCGCUUCAGCAAGCUCAGGCACCACAUCGCGGAUGCCAGAUUCUUCAUUUGGGUGGUAGAAUGCCUACCCCGGUGACAGCAACUUGCGCAAUGUGCGAUUGCCAGGUCAAUCGUGUGGACACAUUUGCUUGUGGUUCAAAGUAUUUUUGAGAGCCAGGUUCUGAAAGCUCCAGGAGCUUGCAGACCACCAUAUGUGAUAUGCAACAUGUCUGAAUCUGUGCCUUUGUUCCUUGAAUAAAGAGAUUGCUUUUGCGAUGCAGAAGGCCAGCUGAGGUGAUCCAUCAUAGAUGCAGGAUUUUCCACAAAGCUGGAACACAUAUUCAGGUGGCAGCAAGUUUCGCCAUGUGCGAUUGCCAGGUCAAUCGUGUGGACACAUUUGCUUGUGGUUCAAAGUAUUUUUGACAGCCAGGUUCUGAUAGCUCCAGGAGCUUGCAGACCACCAUAUGUGAUAUGCAACAUGUCUUUGUGUGUGCCUUUUGGGCCCGAAUCUGUGCCUUUGUUCCUUGAAUAAAGAGAUUGCUUUUGCGAUGCAGAAGGCCAGCUGAGGUGAUCCAUCAUAGAUGCAGGAAUUUCCACAAUGCUGGAACACAUACGCAGGUGGCAGCAAGUUUCGCUAUGUGCGAUUGCGGUUGUUUUGAAUUUGGAAGUACCUUUGAUGGCACCGCACAAAAGUUCUGAAACAUCUUAAGCCUUCUGGGCUGUCGUAAGGUGUAUGCAACAUGUGUUUGUCCACACCUUUCGACAAGGCUGGAAUGCAAACUCAGGUGGCUGCAAGCUGCGUCAUGUCCGAUUGCCAAGCCAAUAGGUUGGACAUAUUUCCUAGUAUGUUGGAAGAAGGGUGGUGGCCGAUCCAAUCGGAGUUUACCGAACGAUCUCAAAAAAUAUCGACUGUAAACAUGGUCUUUGGCAACCUCUACCGAAGACGGUCCGCCGGCACCUCUGAAGAUGUCAGGGAAAGUGUCAGGGCAUGGACCUGGUCAGGCAAGCUGAGCUCGUGUCACCGGGCUUGCCUUCGAGAUGGUUGAAUGGCCGAGGAGGCUGCACGAUGCAAACAGUUGUUGAUGUAGAUUCCUACAUCUCUUGUACUAACUCCACCUCGAAUAAUUCAACUGACCGGGGUGUCCAGUGUCCAGGUGUUUUCACGAAGGGAGCUUUUGAUUGCAGGAAAUGAGUCACCAUGCAAGAUUGAAGCCUGGGUCCCCAGCUUUUUGCAAUAGGCCGCAAAGGACACGUCUUGCGAAUGAUAACACUGCAUGCUUUCUCAUCUAAUCUGGCAGCAAAACCUCACAUCCAGCACGCCAAUUGCCCACCAAGCCGCCGGCGAAUCAAGCUUUUAACUCCCGCCCCCUGUUUUUGGUUACCAUGCCGCGUAGGAGACAAAAACCCUUGCCUGCCUUCUAGUCUAAGGCAUCUCAGCGCUUCAAUUUCUUCAACAUUU